AUGGCUGACAAGAGGGAAGUAUGUUACACUGAUUACAGAGAUGCUGCGUGUCAUCAGUUGAGUGACUUCCGCUACCGUACAGGAGGCUCGGUCGAGGGUCGGGGGUCGAGGGUCGAGGGUCGAGGGUCGAGGUUUUCAGUGUCUCUUUAUCACGCGAUCUUUAUCAAUGAGGACUGUCACCAGUCACGUGAGUCGGUCAAGUCGGCCGCGAGUGGAACCUGUUCGGAGCGUCGUGUGCCGGCUUCAACGACCAUGGAACUAAACACGGAGGGGACAACGCGGCGAGGGAAAUCCUCGCGGAGAAACGAAUAUAUUACUUUCUAA